AGGUCAGUGUGAAGAGCCUUGUUGACUACUGCUGUGGCGGGGCAGGAGCACGCAGCUCAGAAGGAUGGCAUCACCCUUUGUGCCUGUACCUGUGCCGAUGGGCAGAGCCUUGUCAGGAGUUAACGGAAAGCUGAGACGACCACAGCGAGCUUCGUCUCUGGGCAGCGUCUCAAACAGUUUGGCCGGGGAGAACAACGAAAGAGAAUGUGGAUUGUUAGGUUCCCAGCGCCACUCACGCUGCGGCAGCCGGAGCGGGACACCACCACCCUCCCAGAGCCCUGUCACGCGGGCCAGGGUGAACGGCACUCUGGAGCCCUCCAUAGAGUACUCCAGCUGUCCCCGCUCCAUAUCAGAUCCUGCUCAAAGUCAGCUAGACGAGGACAGGCCUAUUACUCCCACUUUACUGGGGUAUGAGGUCAUGGAGGAGAGGGCUAAAUUCACGGUCUUUAAAGUUCUGGUAAGAAAGACUGCAGAUGAGAGCUGGGUUGUCUUUCGAAGGUACACAGACUUCUCCAGACUCAACGACAAGCUUAAGGAUAUGUUUCCAGGUUUCCGCCUCUCGCUGCCUCCCAAGCGGUGGUUCAAAGACAACUAUGACACAGACUUCCUGGAAGACAGACAGCUAGGACUACAGGCCUUUUUGCAAAACCUGGUUGCACACAAGGACAUUGCCAACUCCCAGGCAGUGAGAGAGUUUCUGUGUCUGGAUGACCCACCUGGGCCUUUCGAUAGUCUCGAGGAAAGCAGAGCGUUCUGCGAGACUCUGGAGGAAAGCAAUUACCGUCUCCAGAAGGAGCUGCAGGAAAAACAGAAGGAGAUCGCCUCCCUGAAGAGAAGACUGGAUGAAAGGGAGCAAGCCAUCCUGCUACUGGAGAAGCACGUCAAUGGUGAGUGUGUCAGUGGUGAGUGUGUGAGCCCAGGGUCUCUGUGUGGUCUGUCAGCUCAGGGCAGUGAGAACAGCGCAGACGCAGAUCCAGAUGUGGAAUCGUCUGCUGUAGAGGCGGAUCAGGAUGUGCCUGACGACUCUGGCAGUGCCGCCCCUAUCUGAAAACAGCCUCAUAACAUGUGAGUGGCAGGUGUGAGGUCGAGCCGGUGCGAUCGUCUGCGUGUUGGUGUGGGCCGUCACACAGCACAUCCCCUCCGAUCAUCCAAGUCACUCAGCUUUACCACCAGAAGCUGGAACAAUAACAAAAACCCAGGUUCUCUUUUUUCACUCAUCUCGUCCUCCAGAACACUCCACCUUUCUAAUGUUUUAGAGCUAUUCCACACCCGUUUUUGUGUUUUUCUUCCCACAAACCAAUUUCCCCUUCCAGAUUGAAGGCCCUGUUUUACCUUCUAUUCUUAGAGCUGGAUCUGGCGCAGCCUUUAUCUGUGUAUAUGUUUGAAAGGGAAACAUUUGUAUAUACAACAGCUGGUUCAGCUUCAAUUAUAAUUCCAUCUACGGGUCAUUGUAUCUUCCCAUACACAUGACUUCAUUCCGAAGAGCUUGUGCAAAUUGUACAAAAUAUAACCUUUAUCUGGAACUACAUGGCUGCUUUCAAUGGGGACUCUUAGUACUCCUUGUUCACUUUUGAACCAUGAACUGCGUCAGUCCGAUUGGAUCAAUCAGAUCCUGUGGUCACAAAGCCAAAGUUUGGCUUCUUGGCCAAAAAAAAAAGAUAACUUGAAGACUUUCACAAUUGUGACAAUCGUAGAAUUUUCUCACGUGAUUCUGCAAAUGUGCAUUGCCUUAUGGCUCCUUCCUUGUGACAAGUGGCCCUCUUCAAAUAAGAGAAACAACACCCCCAUGUGGCUACAGAAUAAAAAAAAGUCUGGAUACAUGAGAAGUCUCAGGAUACACAUUGGUAACCAGGUGGGUAUCACAGAGGAUGGAUUCUGAUUCAAAUACAUUAUGUCAUUGCUUUGUACUGCCAUUGACUCUCAUUGAGGCUAUAGACUGACCUUGAGAAGCCUCACUGUUUUCACUUCUGAUUUGCAUCUAAAAGUAGAGAUUCCCUUAAUGUUCUAGUGCCAUGGUGGAUUUUUUAUAAAGUUUAGUCCUGCGAGAGACUACAAAAGAUGUAAUGUACUCUACUGAGAGAGAGAGAACCCAAGGAAACGUGGCCCAUUGUUGCUUUUUAAGUAAUGUACACUAUCAUGCAUUAGUUUGCUUUUCGACAUUGAUUAUGCUAAUGUAAAAGGUCCAUAAUAUUUACAACACUUAACCUCUUCUGGCACCUUGCCUGUUAAGGAAGUGUAGACUGAGCCUGGAAUUGUAUCAGUUUCCUCAAGGUCUAACUAGAUAUUGUAAAGCAGCUAUAUAAAAGGAUCAGUUCACCCAUUUUACGAAAAGGGUUUUUCAAUCUUCUUGAUACAGUUUAUGUGAACUGAUGGUUGUUUGGUGCUCAAAGUAUUGGAAAAUUGCAUAUAAAAAAACUGAAAUCCACAGUCAAUCAAGAGGUAUGACUGUCUUUAAUGGAACCACCAUCUUUAAAAUAAUAACGCCUUAACAACGCCUUCCGGGGGUAACAUCCUGAGUAGCUGACCUCCAUUAUAUUUUGGUAGAAGCAGAAAGGGCCAGCUACCUCAACAUCUCUGCAGAUAAAAACAAAUAUAUACAUUGCAAGAUACCCAGAGGAGUGGUUUGGGUGAACUGUCCUUUUAGGAACACGAUCGUCUAUUUAUUUUAGGAUGAACCUCUGCUUCAGUCAAGGAAUGCAGAAAGAAAGCCCCGCUUGUGGUGUUUAUUUACCUGAUAACCAGGUUAUGACCUGACAGACAAAGGAGUUCAAAAAACAUUCGUUUUUACAACUCGGGCUCGGAUUUUAGAGAUCAAGGCCAAAAAUGAAAAUGAGAUGAGGAACCAUUAUACUACUUUUCAGGAAGGGCUGGUUGUGAUGUGCGUGUUAUCAGAAUUAAACCUCAUACUCAAAAGCCAUAUUGAACACUUGAGAAGGGGCAAUGGUUUCACAUGUGGCAGUGUGUAAUGACCAGCUGCGGGUUUGAGUUAAUGAAGUGUAUAAUUACUACAGCUAUUGUAAAAUGGUCUGAAACGAGGCCUAUGAAUAGGUCAAAUUAUGCACUUUAUGGAUGAAUGGCAACCCCUCAUGUUUGCUAGGAUAUGUUUUUUUUACUCCUUCAUUUGUUUGCGACGGAAACGUGCCUUUUCAACCACUGAAUCUGUCUCGAUUCACAACUGGAUCUUAUGUGUUAAUAUGUCAUUUAUGUAUAUGGGGUUUUGUUCGGGUUAAUUCCCUUCACGUGUAAUUCUAAGUGCCUUGAACAUCUUUCACUUAAUGUUUCUUUUUAUGUGUUUGAAUAGGUUUGUGUAAAACAUGAGAUGUUGGUAGGAAAUUAAAGUUGUUCCUCUGAAGGAGAUCAUGUUUUAAUUGACACUCGUGUAUGUCGUUGUUUGGAAUAGACUGAACUGACAUGGUUUUUUAAUAUUGCAUUAAUUAAUAUGAAGUUCACAUAUGCACUACUUUGGUAUCACUAUUAAUGUCCUGGAUUUUAAAGGGACAAUUCACGUAGAAAUCUGGUCUGAAAUGAAUACUUUGGAUACUGUAGCCCAUGCUAUAGCAGAGAUGUUUAUCAGAAAUAAAUGUUUAACUCACUAAAUUAAAUGUGGAAUGAUCUAUUGAGUUCACAUGUAUAAUUGUUCACAUUUAAAGUCAAAGGAGAUGGUAUCAGUAGUUUUUGCUUGGGUGAAAUUGGGUCUCUUCCAAUAAGUGCUAAGAUGAUAUGGGCUUACAGUUGCAGUAUGUCCUAUUUUAAAAGUGUGAUGCUCUCAAAAUGUAAUAAAUUAUUAUGACUUAUGAAAA